GGUUCUUGGAUUUAAAGCAAUACUGUGAGAAACUAUCUAAGUUUGUAUAUAAGCAUGGGGACCCCUGGCUCAGGAAGGAAAAGAACUCCGAUGAAGGACAGAUUUUCUGCAGAAGAUGAAGCCCUAGGUCAUAUUGCUAGAGAGGCCGAAGCACGCCUUGCAGCCAAACGUGCAGCCCGAGCGGAAGCAAGGGAUAUACGCAUGAGGGAAUUGGAACGCCAACAAAAAGAGCUUGAAGAGAGGACUGACAAACCAUAUUCUGAUUUAUACACAAGGCCAGCAUCUCGCAAUUCAGCAACCCCUAUAAGUGGAAAUUCUUCCAGACGAGGAAGCGGAGAUACAAGCAGCCUAGUUGAUCCUGAUACCUCAUUAAGUGAAUUACGGGAUAUCUAUGAUCUUAAGGACCAGAUACAAGAUGUAGAGGGGAGAUACAUGCAGGGACUUAAAGAACUAAAGGAGUCACUUGCUGAAGUUGAAGAGAAAUACAAGAAGGCCAUGGUUUCUAAUGCCCAGCUUGAUAAUGAAAAAAACAAUUUAAUCUAUCAAGUGGAUACUCUAAAAGAUGUCUUUGAGGAAAGAGAAGAGCAAUUAGCAGAAUACUAUAGGGAAAAUGAAGAAAAGACUAAGGAAUUGGAAAGACAGAAACAUAUGUGCAGUGUGCUACAGCAUAAAGUAAAUGAACUCAAGGAAAGCCUUUGCCAAAGAGAUGAAUUAAUAGAGGAGAACCAGCGCAUGCAGCAGAAAAUAGAAUCUAUAUCCAAAGAGGUGUUUGACCUCCAGGAGACAGUUAAUUGGAAAGAUAAAAAAAUUGGGGCUCUAGAGAGACAAAAAGAAUAUUUUGACUGCAUUAGAAUUGAGCGAGAUGAGCUCAGAGAUGAGCUGGCUAACCUGAAGGAAACAAUGAAGAGAGGAGAGAAACAUGGAUUAGUAAUAAUCCCAAAUUGUGAUAUUAAUCAUGAACCAGUAAUUGGUGCAAUUACAGUUGUAUCACAAGAAGCUGCUCAAGUUUUGGACUCAGCGGGGGAAGGACCACUAGAUGUUAGGCUACGAAAGCUAGCAGGAGAAAAGGAAGAGUUAUUGUCACAGAUUAAAAAAUUGAAAUUGCAAUUGGAAGAAGCACAGCAGAAAUCCUCUAGGAAUGACAGCACAAAUUCUGAUUUAACAGGACUGGAAAAUGGUUCUGAUUUGCAAUUAAUUGAAAUGCAGAGAGAUGCCAACAGACAAAUAAGUGAUUUCAAAUUUAAACUUUCAAAAGCUGAACAAGAUAUAACUACUUUGGAACAAAAUGUUUUAAGACUUGAAGGACAGGUGGUGAGAUAUAAAACUGCUGCAGAAAAUGCAGAAAAAGUAGAAGAUGAACUGAAAGCAGAAAAGAGAAAACUUCAGCGAGAGUUAAGAACAGCAUUGGAUAGAAUAGAAGAGAUGGAGAUGACCAACAGUCACUUAGUGAAACGGUUAGAGAAAAUGAAGGCAAAUCGAACUGCACUACUAUCUCAACAAUAGAAAGGAAACUAAAGAAUGCACUGCUCCUUGAAAUGCUUGAGCUUAUUUUAAUACAGACUUUCCUUGGCAUAAAUUUGAAAAAAGCUAUUCAUUGUCUUUUAGUUUCAUAAUUAAGUGGCAAAUAUUUUAACUUGAGUAAAUGGGAAAAACCACUUAAAUCUUUGUCGGUGAUGAGUUUUAACAGCUUAAUUCAAAAAUCUGAUUGAACCCAAUAUUUAUGGUUGAUUUACUUUAUAUAAACUACUGUUUUCACACUUGUGAAAUCAGGUUUAUUCUCUGAAUUAGUUUCAACUGCUUUAAUGCUUGGUGCUUGGAAAGAGAUGCACAAAUUCAAGUGUAUGUUGCACAACAAGCUAGCCAAUUACAUGCUCAACAUCAAAUGGCACAAGUGCCUUUAAUAUGGUGCAAUGAGUACUUAAGAUAUUAGAACAAAAUAUAAUAUGGAAAUCAAAUACCAUUUAUUUUAAAAUACAAUUGGAGUCUUGUUUGCUAAAUUUUAUACAUUUUGAUGGAAAACACUUUUGUACAAUAUUUAAAUUUAUAUAAAAAUAGAAAUGACUGUAUAAAAUCUGCUUUAUUGCAUGGUGAUGCACACUUGAGAUUUCAAUUUUAAACAGAACCAUCCCUAUUCUUAAUGUAAGAAUAGUGAGCAAGAUUUGUUACUGUACAGUGUGUAAAACGUGAUAUGUGUGAUGCUUAAGUGUGGAGUGAAAUGUGGGUGGGAGAAAUGUGGCAGGUACAAACCUAUUAAAUGGACACUUUGCAUAGCA